AUGAGAUAUCAGCACCUAAUUCUGAAUCUCCAGUCCUGCAACCAUGUUCCGACAAGUGCUGUAAUUGACGUCGAGCGCAGAGAGCCACAAACAGCACGACGGCGGAGUAAACUAGCAGCUUUAGUGCUGUGGAGUAUUGCCAAUAUACCCCUACCACUGGCAAGCCAGACCCUGAAAUAG